UGGAGCUAGAAACAUAAGCAUUUCACUGUUACAGUAGGUAUUACUGCCCUGAUGGAGCUAGAAACACAAGCAUUUCACUGUUACAGUAGGUAUUACUGCCCUGAUGGAGCUAGAAACACAAGCAUUUCACUGUUACAGUAGGUAUUACUGCCCUGAUGGAGCUAGAAACAUAAGCAUUUCACUGUGUUACAGUAGGUAUAACUGCCCUGAUGGAGCUAGAAACAAGCAUUUCACUGUGUUACAGUAGGUAUUACUGCCCUGAUGGAGCUAGAAACACAAGCAUUUCACUGUGUUACAGUAGGUAUUACUGCCAUGAUGGAGCUAGAAACAAACAUUUCACUGUUACAGUAGGUAUUACUGCCCUGAUGGAGCUAGAAACACAAGCAUUUCACUGUUACAGUAGGUAUUACUGCCCUGAUGGAGCUAGAAACAAGCAUUUCACUGUGUUACAGUAGGUAUUACUGCCCUGAUGGAGCUAGAAACACAAGCAUUUCACUGUGUUACAGUAGGUAUUACUGCCCUGAUGGAGCUAGAAACACAAGCAUUUCACUGUUACAGUAGGUAUUACUGCCAUGAUGGAGCUAGAAACACAAGCAUUUCACUGUGUUACAGUAGGUAUUACUGCCCUGAUGGAGCUAGAAACACAAGCAUUUCACUGUGUUACAGUAGGUAUUACUGCCCUGAUGGAGCUAGAAACACAAGCAUUUCACUGUUACAGUAGGUAUUACUGCCCUGAUGGAGCUAGAAACACAAGCAUUUCACUGUUACAGUAGGUAUUACUGCCCUGAUGGAGCUAGAAACACAAGCAUUUCACUGUGUUACAGUCACUGUUACAGUAGGUAUUACUGCCCUGAUGGAGCUAGAAACACAAGCAUUUCACUGUUACAGUAGGUAUUACUGCCCUGAUGGAGCUAGAAACACAAGCAUUUCACUGUUACAGUAGGUAUUACUGCCCUGAUGGAGCUGGAAACACAAGCAUUUCACUGUUACAGUAGGUAUUACUGCCCUGAUGGAGCUAGAAACACAAGCAUUUCACUGUGUUACAGUAGGUAUUACUGCCCUGAUGGAGCUAGAAACACAAGCAUUUCACUGUUACAGUAGGUAUUACUGCCAUGAUGGAGCUAGAAACACAAGCAUUUCACUGUGUUACAGUAGGUAUUACUGCCCUGAUGGAGCUAGAAACACAAGCAUUUCACUGUGUUACAGUAGGUAUUACUGCCCUGAUGGAGCUAGAAACACAAGCAUUUCACUGUUACAGUAGGUAUUACUGCCCUGAUGGAGCUAGAAACACAAGCAUUUCACUGUUACAGUAGGUAUUACUGCCCUGAUGGAGCUAGAAACACAAGCAUUUCACUGUGUUACAGUAGGUAUUACUGCCCUGAUGGAGCUAGAAACACAAGCAUUUCACUGUUACAGUAGGUAUUACUGCCCUGAUGGAGCUGGAAACACAAGCAUUUCACUGUUACAGUAGGUAUUACUGCCCUGAUGGAGCUAGAAACACAAGCAUUUCACUGUUACAGUAGGUAUUACUGCCAUGAUGGAGCUAGAAACAUAAGCAUUUCGCUACACCUGCGAUAACAUCUGUAAAAUAUGUGUACGUGACCAAUAAAAUAAGAUUUGAGGAUGUAUCAUGCUUUCUUUGUACUGUCAACACAGCUAGGAUUAUUUUAGCUCUACAGACACAUAACAUACAUCAUGAACAUAUGUUUGCUUGGUACUUUGUAAAACAACAUUGAUGGAUGGGGUGAAAUUAACCUCCCCUUUAUUUCCAGGAUCUACUUGGCAAAGCAGAGCCAGACUUUCCAACAGGAGUUUUGGGAACAGCAGCAUUCAAAGAGACAGACAGCCCAUAGACGUGGACCAAGAUGAUGUCUCUCCAUCAAAGCAUAUGGAUGCUACAAGUGAUGAGCAGUCAGGAGAGACAGAGGAAGGGGAACCAGACCUGCUGAUCAUCAAGGUGGAGGGAGAAGCAGAUGACCAGGACUCUAGGAUCAGCCACCCAGCCAGAACAGUGGAGGGCAGCAGACAACUAACCACCCAACCGGCUGCAGCCACCACAGAGGACUCCGCCUUCCAGUCCAGUGGCCCCAGAGGCAACAACAACUACAACACCGCUAUGGAGGCCAAAUCUAUUGUGGAAGGGGAGAGAGACCUCCAGCCAUGGAAGAAAGAAGAGGGUCUGAGGGAGAUCCCAGGUACUGAUAGUGGCCACAGAAUGACAGACCCAAACACACCGACCUCUCUAGACACGGACCAAAAAGAGCUCACUGAGCAGCUCAGAACCAAACCGAGCAUAGUGACUGUCAACAGAUCAGACACUGUUUUCAAGUCAGACCCGGAGCCUGAGAGCCUGAGCCAGGUGUUUCAACUCACAGGUCCAAGACCUGUUGCUAAACAGCAGUGUAGCCUGAACCCCGAGAGAACCACCGAUCUGCCUGUAAACUCCCAUAAGCGAAGAGGCAGUGAUACAGCGAAUGAUCGGCCGUCUUGUUCUAGUUAUGCUGCCGAGACGGUCUCAGGAAGCCCCUCGCCUCUCACAAAGCUGAACCCCAUUCCUCCACUUCCUCAGAUGGUGAGGAGUGAACACGAGUAUUCCCAGGUCGAUUCAGAAGUCAUGUCGGAGGUCAUAGUUAUCGACCCCCUUCCUGUUGACGAUGGGGAUGGCACGGCCUCGUCGUGGAGACAAGGUGACAUCAUGGAACCCAGGCGUCAUCAAGGAGGACAUAGUGAAGCAGAUGCCAUGCUUCUUGGAGGACAUUCGAGUAACACUUAUCAUCUUCAUCAUCCUCACCGAGGUGUCCAGCCAGCAGCGAGACAGAACUCAUCUGACAAUCACUUCUACACCAUCGGCAUGGACGGCGCCUUCCACAACCGCCUCGGCACCUUUCAGAACUCCGCAACCACCGCCACUCCAUACUCCAUGGGAACCGAGGAGCUGCAGUACCCCACCUGGGUGGAUUUCCCUGGGAGCGCCCCCGACACCCACCUGGGCGACGUGACUGGGACUCAUCAGGACAGAGGGUCUAGGGAGGAGGGGGCGAGGUCCUACAGGUGCACCUUCUGUGGGAGGGAGUACCCUCACCUGUGCCAGCUCAAGAUGCACCAGAGGGUUCACACGGGGGAGAAACCGUACGAGUGCGCCCUGUGUGGGAAGCAGUUCAGCCAGCUGUGUAGCCUGAAGCGGCACCAGAGAGUACACACAGGGGAGAAACCUUUCAGAUGCGCUCAAUGCGGAAAACAGUUCUCUCAUUCCAGCAAUUUAAAAGUGCAUCAGAGCGUCCAUACGGGUGAGAAACUGUUCCACUGCACCCAGUGUGGGAAGAACUUCUCCUUUCUGAGCAAUCUGAUAAGACACCAGGCAGUUCACACACGGAAAUGAUAGGUUGUGUUGUGAUUUGGGAUAGUGUUUUCUGAAUUGAUUGUAAAUUGUAUGUGUAUGAUUGCUCUGGCUUAAAGGUUGUUAUCUGUUUAUUUCUCCCCUGACUGUUAUUUUGUAUUCUGGAGCCUUUUGUAAAAAUGUUAUAAAAAGAAGUGACACUAAA